GAGUUAGAAGCCUCGCUUGGAGCCCUUCUGAGACAUCUCUGCUGCAAGAUCCAGGAGAUCCUCGAGUAAGAAGGUGCUGAUCCUCACGUCAAAUUCCAGGUAAAAUACAGGAAGGACCUGGGGCCAGCCAGUGACGUGACGGUACUGCAGGCCCUGAGCCCAGAGGUCGCAGUGUGCUCGCCUGGCGGCUGACAGUGCAGGGGGGUUGCCAGGAGGUGGUUAAACACAGGCUUUUCUAGACCGGUUCAGGCAGCAGGAUGGGGUGCAAAGUACUGCUGAGCCUUGGCCAGCAGAUGCUGCGGCGGAAGGUGGUAGACUGCAGCAGGGAAGAGAGCCGGCUGUCCCGCUGCCUCAACACCUUUGACCUGGUGGCCCUCGGGGUGGGCAGCACGUUGGGAGCCGGCGUCUACGUCUUGGCCGGAGCUGUGGCCCGUGAGGAUGCCGGCCCUGCCAUUGUCAUCUCUUUCCUGAUCGCUGCUCUGGCCUCUGUGCUGGCCGGCCUGUGCUACGGCGAGUUCGGCGCUCGAGUCCCAAAGACGGGCUCAGCCUACCUUUACAGCUACGUGACCGUUGGGGAACUCUGGGCCUUCAUCACUGGUUGGAACUUAAUCCUCUCCUACAUCAUUGGUACUUCAAGCGUAGCAAGGGCCUGGAGUGCGACAUUUGAUGAGCUUAUAGGCAGACCCAUCGGGGAGUUCUCGAGGACACACAUGGCUCUGAAUGCCCCAGGGGUGCUGGCCGAAAACCCCGACAUAUUUGCCGUGAUCAUAAUUCUCAUCUUGACAGGACUUUUAACUCUUGGUGUGAAAGAGUCGGCCAUGGUCAACAAAAUAUUCACAUGUGUCAACGUCCUGGUCCUGGGCUUUAUAAUGGUUUCGGGAUUCGUGAAAGGAUCCAUUAAAAACUGGCAGCUCUCGGAGAAGGAUUUCCGGAACAUGUCCGGCCAUUUCUGUUUGAACAAUAACACAAAAGAAGGGAAACCUGGUGUGGGCGGAUUCAUGCCCUUCGGAUGGUCUGGUGUCCUGUCAGGGGCAGCGACUUGCUUCUAUGCCUUCGUGGGCUUUGACUGCAUCGCCACCACAGGUGAGGAGGUCAAGAACCCACAGAAGGCCAUCCCCGUGGGCAUCGUUGCAUCCCUCCUCAUCUGCUUCAUCGCCUACUUUGGAGUGUCAGCUGCCCUCACCCUCAUGAUGCCGUACUUCUGCUUGGACAAGGACAGUCCCCUGCCCGACGCCUUCAAGCACGUGGGCUGGGAAGGCGCCAAGUAUGCAGUGGCUGUGGGCUCCCUUUGUGCGCUUUCUACCAGCCUUUUAGGUUCCAUGUUUCCCAUGCCUCGAGUUAUCUAUGCCAUGGCUGAAGACGGACUGCUGUUUAAAUUUUUGGCCAAAAUCAACGAUAGGACCAAAACGCCAAUAAUAGCCACAUUAACCUCAGGUGCCAUUGCUGCUGUGAUGGCCUUCCUCUUUGACCUGAAGGACUUGGUGGACCUCAUGUCCAUUGGCACCCUCCUGGCUUACUCUUUGGUGGCCACCUGUGUGUUGGUCUUACGCUAUCAGCCAGAGCAGCCUAACCUGGUAUACCAGAUGGCCAGCACUACUGACGAGUUAGAUCAGGUGGACCAGCAUGAACUGGUGAGCACCAGUGAUUCCCAGACAGGCUUCUUACCAGAAGCGGAGAUGCUUUCUUUGAAAACCAUACUCUCACCCAAAAACAUGGAGCCUUCCAAACUCUCUGGGCUGAUAGUGAACAUUUCAACUGGCCUCAUAGCCACCCUUAUCAUUAUCUUCUGCAUUGUGGCCGUGCUUGGGAAGGAGGAUUUGACCCAAGGGGAGCUGUGGGCAAUCCUUGUGCUCACGGGAUCUUUCCUCCUCUGUAUCUUGGUCACGGGCAUCAUCUGGAGGCAGCCUGAAAGCAAGACUAAGCUCUCUUUCAAGGUGCCCUUCCUGCCCGUGCUCCCCGUCCUGAGCAUCUUCGUGAACAUCUAUCUCAUGAUGCAGCUGGACCGAGGCACCUGGGUCCGGUUUGCAGUGUGGAUGCUGAUAGGCUUUGUCAUCUACUUCGGCUACGGUCUAUGGCACAGCGAGGAGGCAUCCCUGGCUGCUGACCAGGCAAGGACUCCUGAUGACAAUUUGGACCAGUGCAAAUGAUACAUAGCCCCACCCCCAGGGGCAACAGCCCCAGAAACCCAUGAAGUGCCCUGCUCUCCCUACCCGUGUCACAGGGGCCGCCCACACCCACAACACCCAGUGCAGCUGCCGGUGCAGUUACUUGAAGCUCAGCCACAGCCCAUGCACGUGUCCUGCCCAGACCCAGCUCUGCGGCCGGUUCACGAGUCCCCGGUCGCCUCCAGACAGCUUCCUGGCCAGGGCCACUUGGCUGUGGCUGGCCACCGUGUCUCCCCCUUCUGUCAGAACAAAGAAAGCAGCUCUUCUCGUCAGCUCAGCACCCUGCUCCCUGAUGCCCCAGCCUCGGCAGAACAGAGGUCACCUAUCUCCUCUGGGGAAGCAGCCUCCCCCAGGAACUGUUUUGAGAUUGACAACGUGCACACUCCAGACUUUUAGUAGCCAUCUCCUCCUGUUCCAACAGCAGCCAUAGAUGAGGGACCCUAUCACUAAACAGUGUCCCCCAGCAACCCCACCUAGAGCCACAUGACAGCUGUGUACUUAAAAAGGAACAAUAGGACUGUUUCCUUCUCCUGAGCCUGUCUGAGUUGCUUUCAGGUGGGGUUGUUAGGGCUGGACCCCUCCCCCACAGGCCCCUCCAAGCACAGUUUUGCAGAGUCCUGCGGCCACCAAGAGCAGGUGGUUUCUUUCAGACAGGGAAGAAGGGAUUGGUCCUGGUGGGAAUGAAGGCCUUAGGGCAGGGGAGAGCUGGCUUCACACCCAUUGGCACGUGGGCACGCAUAAAACCAGGGGACAUGCUGCAGCCCGUGCCCACCACGCUUGGGCCAGUCCUGCUGCUUCUGCUGUCUUUCACCUUAUCUGUGUCCUGAGUAACUGGAACAUGAGACUGUCUGUGUGGGACUGGCCUCAGAUCCACAGUCGUUUCCUAUGGGUAUUUGCUAUCACUAAAUCUCGCCCUCCCGUGCUUUUGAGUCAGUCACUGGGCUCCUAUAAAGUUCUCAAGGCCCAGUCUAGGGGCAUGACACAUCUGGGUCACAAUGUGUAUGAUGAAAUUGGAAGGAGACCACACAGUCUAUGAGAUUUGUGAGUCACUCCACCAUAUUAAGUUGACAUUAAUUUGGAAAAUGGCCAGAUAAUCACUCCAGGCUAUUGGUGUAUCACUCGGGAUUCAUGGAUGAUGAAGAUGUGAGAUGAUUCUUGGUCAUAGUGCUGUUCUCCUCGUAUCUCUGUCACCUAAACCCUGUGGCUUUGCAUCCACCAAGGGACUCUGCCCUGGGCCUUCUGGCUCCAUAAGUCAGAGAGCAGUGGGUCCAGCCGAGACACCCUGUCCUCCAGAACACCUGUGUCUGUAGCUCAGGCUGGGGCCGGGGCAAACACCACUGCACAUAUUCCUUGUAGCUUGAAGCCAGAGGAUGCAAGAAUGCUGAAAGAGCCCUUCUUCCUCUAGAGCCUUGCUCAGAGACAGGGACAGUAAGGGAGGUUGCACUUUGGGGGAAUGUAAAUGCUGCUUUCCAAACUUGGUUUUCCAUAUGCUCCCAGUCUGGCCUUUGACACAAGUCUGGUCGGGGAAGAAGCCUUAUUAAUAGCACUUGACUUUCCUCCUCUACCCCAGAAGGUUCUUGGAGGGAAAUGCAAGAAUUGGCUGAACAGCCCAUGGAGGGCCGGUGGGCAGCCUAGGACGUGGGCUUGGUGCAGGCCCUGGUCACUUUGCAGAGUCUUUAUUCUAAAUCUCAUUUGUGAAUGUUCCGGAGAGAGUGUCCUAAGAGCCCAAAGCUUAGAUUUCCAAAGAAAGGUAUUUACAUUUCUGUAGAUUUGGUGCUGUAAAAUAUUCUGAUAAAUGUUAAGUUAUUUUGUUGGGGUUUGGGUUGUUGUCUUAGUUCCAGUCAGCUAUUUGUUUGCUUUAUAUAUUGUUUUCUUUUUGUUUCUGUUAUUUUCUACACAGGCAAAGACAAGUUGAGGAAACGAGGGUGUCUGAGAGGCAUGGGGAAGGGGAAUUGUUUUUCAUUUUCAUUUCUCUUUCUAAUUGAAAUUUUCACGUAAGACAGCAUGCCGUAGACAGUAUUUACAGGUGACAUUUCGCCUGUAGCAGCACACAUCACCCUGCAGAAUGAACGAAGAGUUUCCCCUCCACAGAGCCAGGCACGAGGUGGUGCUGGGCGGCUGGGAGUCUGGGAGUCGGUCCCUUCCUCCCCAAGGCCUUAAUGCAGGGCAGAGAAGCUCACACAGCUCGUGCUCCUCUCAGAGAAAGGCCUUCCUAGUCAGGAAAGGACACCUGCGGGUGACCUGCAUGAAUAAUUCAUUGGUUGUCAUGAGUAGUUGUUGUAUACUUGCCAGAGGUUUUCUCUUCUCUGUUCAAGGGUGAUAAUGUAAGUACUGGUAUUUGGGAUAGGCCUCACAAUUUUAAUAGACUUUUCCUUAUCACACCACACCUUCCUUCCUCUGGAAUAAAAACACACACAGGCAGGGGGAAAAAAUGACUGAUAGUUUUCCAUCUCUGAGUUCCCCUCCCCAAACAAGAACAUCCUUCUCACUUUCAUGGCCCGCCAGCAUUUUCCUACGUAGUCAGAACUUCCACAUUGAGACACACUCCCACCGGAAUGUUGUGUCUACUUUUAUCUGUGCCCCAGCCCCGGAUGCCCACAUUGGAAAGACCAUUAGUGAUGAGCGGGCGUCUCUGCCUGGCUCCCACACCCCCGUGACCACACUGAAGCGCCUCUGCUGAAGAGUAGGAGGGAAGCAGCCGGCCCUGGUGGGUGGCACAGGGGAGCUGGCUUGCAGGAGGGCAGUGGGAAGGGGUCUGUUGGAGGAGGCUCAUCAUCCCUGCUCACUCCCCCUCAACCCUCAACCCGGGCUUGCUGUUGGGUUUCUUUUGCCAAACCAAGAGGGAGGAGUGAUAGACUUGUCUUUAUUAGGCUGUUUCAGAAAGAUUGCUUACAUUAUGUUAUUGUCAGAAUUGCUCAGAUCUCCUGCACUGUGAGGUUUGUUUUUGCCUGCAGUAAGGGUUCUCUUUCCUUCCAGACUUUUUUUUUUUUUUUUUUUUGAGACAGUCUCGCUACAUCUAUCAGGCAGGCAGAUCAAUGUGCUGAUGCUGUGUUCCCUGCGGGGCUCUCUGCCUGCCUGAGGGGCGCAGGCUAGGAUGUGCUAUGGGUCCAGAGGCCACUGCGGGACAGUCGUCUCUGCUGCCCUAACAUCCCAGGCCGUGACACUCCUCCUGCACCCUCACCUUUGCCCAUGACUUUGGCUGUGCCUAUCAAGUGUGACUGGGAGACCCAUGGAAAUGUGGGCACCCCCACUUCUCCCCUUAACCCCCUAGGUGUUAAGAAGGCCUUCUGAAUAGGCUACUGUUUGCAGUCCCAUGUGGUAUGGCCUCCAGCUUGAUACUACGUGGAGAUUAGAGCCAGAGUCUGGGUGGGUGGCAUGUGAACAAACCCCCUGAAGGGUCCCCCCAAGUCCCAGGCUCCUGGGUGAAGUUGUAGGCACUGCCUGACACAGGGACCCAUUGUUAGAGAAAGCUUACCUGGCUCCUUGCCAGGGCCCCUCUUUUUCUGAUUUAAACACCCCAUUUUUACACAGACACAUUUGUCUUUAUGUGAGCUGACAGUUCUUUUGGCACCCAGCAACCCUGCUGUGCCAGGGCCCCGGCACCACUGUGUUCUUGGAUGGGCGAGAGGCGCAUUUGCGUCCACGAUCUCCGUGUCUCCUGAUCAAGCUCCCAGGCCUGGAAAAUUGCUGGGCAUAGGGACGUGAUGGUGCAUGUGGAACUGUCCCAGAGUUCACCUGAUGGAACUGAAUUUCUGUUAUGGAUGGCUGUUAUGUGUAAUUUAAAAUAUAUCUUUGCCAUUUAACAAAAGGAUUAUAUGUGAGGCUCUUUAGGGAGAGCGAGAUGUACAUUGGUCAGGCUCUUCUGGACUGUUGGGAGUAAUGAAAUGCUCUAUUGAUCCAGUGGUGCAAGAAACUACAUAUGGUACAGUAGUAUACUAGUAUACUAUGAUGCCUGAUGGAUUUUUAAGGCAAAAGAUUUUCAACUGACUUUUGUCCUCACUCUAAUCAGUCUCCUGGUGCCCUUUGCUUCCCGAGCCACUGUGCUCUUAUUCAAGAGUCUCAGGCCACCCAGUUCCCAAGGAGCCCUCCUGGUGUUAUCAUUCCACAAAUAUGUUGAGCUGCUGGCUGAAAACCCCACAUGAGAUGCAAUCCCUUGACCAAGCUUAAAGAGAAGCCCAGGCAGAUUUUCUCAGGGUGUUAGUGUGUCCAGCAGGUUAGGAAAGAGGACUGGGAAGAUGCAUUUCAGACUUUGUUAAUUAAGUAUAUGAUUUUGUGUUUCUUGAUGACAAACUUUUUUUAAGUUUGGGACUUAUUUUCCCACUUGAGAAGUUAUGUAUUUAAGAUAAGUUUCCUGCUUAAGUUGUGCCUUUUAGCUUCAAAGGGUUUAAGGAGCACAAAGGGUAAUGAUACUAAUGAGGAUCGGUUUAUUGUCAAACCUGAAUAGCUGUGGUUUCUCCAGUAAAUUUUUUUCUUCUACUGAACAUGGAGCCAUUAUUAAAAGAGUUGUGUGUUUUUAUUAUGUAAAUUGUGUAAUAUUUUUUGCUUGUUUGAUGCUCUAUUUUUCUAAUAGUUUCUUAUAAUUGUGAUACUAGAUUUUGCUUCUGAUGCUAACCGCAAAUCAGGUUGGUCUCUGCUGGGACUCCUGUUUUUAUUUUAUUUUAAGGACACAUGUCAAUGUUGUCCUUUGCCUUUCAAAAAAAUGUGAAACUGCUCCGUAUCCCCUUUUGCUGACAGUGCCAUGUAUCGACAUCUUCCUCCCACACAUUGUGUUGUAAAAUCAAACUAUUUCGUGGUACACUAGCUCAUGCUUCUGCAGAUUCUAAUAAAUGGUGUUUCUGGC